AUGAGUAUAUUGUUCUCAUUAGCCAUUCGGUUAUUGCGCCCGCAUCAUUCAUCUUCCCAAGUCAAUCCUGUCCUUCACAAGGUGUAUAUGCCACUGCUUCAUCACAAGCAACCCCGCUGCGCGUUGACUCUCACCGCGUUCAACUCAAUGGAGACCAAUGGUGAUUUCAACGCCCGUCUCCUCUACGAGCCUCUUGAGGGAGUCGAAAGACUUGAGAACUAUCGACCAGGGGGCUAUCACCCCAUACAAAUCGGUGAUCACUUUCAGGAUCGAUAUCGGGUUGUUCAUAAAUUGGGGCACGGGUCUUAUUCAACUGCAUGGCUGGCCCAUGAUGAACGAUCCAGUAAAUACGUUGCAGUGAAAGUUUGCACAGCAAACUCGAACCCAAAAGAAGUGGACAUCAUAUCUACUCUCACUAGCCCUCAUUUUCCUUCAGUCAACGAUCCAGGAAAGUUGAUGGUACCUUCCAUUCUAGACAGGUUCACUAUUCACGGCCCAAAUGGCAUUCAUGCUUGCUACGUUACAGCGCCGGCAAGGGCUAGCCUGUCCGGAGUGAAAGAUGGUUCGUGGAUCCGCUUAUUCCAGCUUGACGCAGCCCGGUCAUUGGCUGCACAACUCGUCCUGGCUGUGAAUUAUGUACAUGCCCAUGGAAUUGCCCAUGGAGAUCUUCACCUCGGCAACAUUCUUCUCAAAGUUCCGCCCAAUUUUGACCAGCUCCCAACCAGACAAUUGUAUGAGAAAUAUGGAACAGCGGAGCUAGAUCCAGUUGUUCGUCUAGAUGGCAAUUCGCUCCCCCCUGGUGUCCCAUCUCACGGCAUUGCCCCCAUAUGGCUGGGGGAAGCAAGUGAGGAAAUCACAGUUUCGGAAACCAGUAUCUUUCUGACAGACUUUGGUGAAGCUUUUUCCCACUCGAAAGAACCAAAAUACGAAUCUCGCACCCCCCUUGUCAUCCGCCCUCCCGAGGCUCGCUUUGAACCAAAUAAGCCCCUGUCUUUGUCAUCGGAUAUCUGGACUCUCGCCUGUACCAUAUGGUCUAUCAUCGCUCAGCGGCCGCUGUUUGAAGGAUUCCUCGCGACGGAAGACGACAUGACCUGUGAGCAUGUCGACGCUCUUGGUGUUUUGCCAUCUGAAUGGUGGAGCAGGUGGGAGGCGCGACGGCUGAAAUUUACCGAGGACGGUAAACCAUUGAACCGUAACCCUUUCCGAUCCUGGGACGAUCGAUUUGAGGAUUGCGUGCAACAGCCUAGGCGAGAUAGUGGCAUACCGUCGUUUGAUGCCAGGGAGAAGGAGGCUUUCUUCGACAUGCUCCGGCCAAUGCUCUCAUUCAGACCCGAGAAUCGGCCCACCACAAAGCAAAUUCUCGAGUCAGAAUGGAUGGUCAAAUGGGCUCUGCCUGAAUAUGGCAAGAUCCAACAUAAUGCAUGA